CACUUUUGCCGCUUUCACUUCGUACCGUGGCUUGAUGCUCUGUGCGUUCUCGUAGAAUUUAUCGAAAAUAAACCGAGAAAAAUAUGAAAUGAAAGCAUCUUUCCCCCACCACCUCUUGCCUCCAGAGACAAAUUUCCCGAAAGAUAUUUAUGCAGAAUUUCAUUGACAUGACUGAAGAAGCCCUACGAACGAUUGAUUGCACCAUAAUUAUCUGUUUUUGCGGCCGCGAGAGGCCGCGGAGACAAGUAUGACUACGACAUCGAUCUAUUCUAUCAUUCUUGAUCGGUUGCUUCUUGUGUCAGCCACUUCCCAGUUGAUCCAGCAGCAGCUUAUCGACACGACGUAGCCGGCGCGAGACCACAACAGCUUCCUUUCACCGAUCUUCGCAGAAAAGAAACGAAGACCAGACUGCACUCGAGACUUUCUUACAGGAACUAUGACAGAUCCAUUCCGGCUCUACUUCAGAGACCAGUCCUCUGACGAGGAGGAAACGGACAGGCUUUUGUACUUUUACGGCGACGAAAGUUCGAGCGACACCUCUAGUAGAAGUAGCUCCUCGGCAAAUAGUACUAAAAACUCGAACGAGGUCCGCGUUGUCGAGAGGCCUGUGCAGAUAAAAAACCAGGAUGCCGGCGGGGAGAAUCACGAGGCACACGAUUCUUCGGCGCAAGACGUUGAGAGCUUGCCGAAGGGUACUACAAGUCUUCAGACAAUAAGAACUCGGCGCGACCAGCGAGGUCAAGAGCCGGUACAACUUUUCGGCGGUCCCGCCCCCGCUGCGAGGAGGUCGGCGGCAUCCGUCGACCACCACCACCACCAGGAGGCAGGAGCUGCGUCAGGUGCCGCUACAACUUCUAGCGGGCAUCAUGAUUCUGGGCAUCAUCAUCAUCACCAUCAUCAUCACCACCGUAGUGGCCACGGCACAGAAGCUGCGGCCAAGGAGGACGGCGGCGGCCUGUUGGCGUACUUUUUCAAGGCGGUGUACGUCGAGGGUAGCGGUAAAAACUACGGGAUCAGUGCCGGGGACGAUGAUGAAGAGUUUGGGCACCAUGGUACCCACCACCAUACGCACCACAGCGGAAGCAAGCAUGAGGACAGCAAAGUCCAUUUGAUGGCAAAAGGUUUGACGAAAAGCAAGAACAGCGAAAGCCUUGCGCCGGGGAUGAUCACAGACGGAAAGUCGCCCGGUGAUAGAGGUGUGUGUUGCUGUCCGCUUGAUCGCACACACCCCAUAGGCGUAUGCGGAAUGGACAAGAGGCACUCGCCACCUUGGCACUUGAGGGUAUAAAUUUUGGAAUUCGUUCUCUGUUUUCAGUUCAUGUUUUGCUCAUUCCUGUUUGCUUCAUCUGCGAUGAUCAUCUUCUUCUACUAUCUUGCCUUACGUUUUCGUAGCGCGCGAUAUAACGCAGCGCGCAUCCGUCACCGAAAAAACAAAAACUCCUCCCGUCAGGUAUUUAUGCCAUGCUGCACGUACGUGAAUUGGGCGGGCUGCGACGCAGUUGCCAUAUUAAUGUCCACCACCUGGUGGCUAUCCUGAGUAAAAACGUACCCACACCAGAGUCAGGAUGGGGAUUUUGCGACACAAACCUAGGAGUUUUGUGAGUCACGCAUGACAAGUUGCACUCUGCAGUGUAGUGCAGGUUAGCAAGUGCAGCCGCGUCACAGAUUCAUCUGCUCAUCCUGUUCACAGCAUCACAAAUUCCAAAACACGAUUGGAAAUGGCUCUCAUGCGGAUGCGCAUUACAAGUCUUCCUGUCUUUGCGACUGGUGUGGGUACGUUUUUACUCAGGAUAGUGGCUGCUUUUUUGGCCUGUGUUUUACGUUACCUGCUGCUGGUAUCAAAUGUAAAAAUGUCUGGGCCUGGAAGGUUACAAGGUUUGUCAUGCAUAUUCUGCAUGAGUCAGGAUGUCUGUAAUGCAUGAUCUAGCAUCACAUAUUUUUAGAGGCCUUCCUGAUGCCUAUUCCGCAUGACAAAUGCCCUCCACGCGUAGCACAAACCGGACUCCUCUUGCUGGUCAUGCAAUACAGAAUUUUUUAGAGUCCAAAGUUAGCAUCUUCACAAGUUCCAACCUUCCAGACCCAGACACUUUUGCAAUCCAUAGCUGGGAGCCGACGUCCUACAGUACGACAACGGACGCCGACGACUAUCUUAAUAGGGUAGGCGCCCCAGUACAGGCAGAAAAUAAACAGAGCGCGAGCGUAGACGUAGCGGCCCUGCGGAACGUACCAACCAUAGCCCCCCAGCACCGGAGCGGAUCUGACGGUCAGAAGUUUCCGGACCGCGACCAAGCACACAGCGUUUACACAGGCAUAAUCAACGCGCCGCAGGCGGCGAACCCGGGUGGCAGUAACGGAGGUGGCAGUGCGGACAAUGUUUGAGCUCUCACAAGAUGAACAUAGUCCGUUGUGUUUGCAUUGAACAUCGAACAUGAUCAUCAAACGCUGCGUCUUGCGUAAUGACGGUAGCAAGAUGAUCAAGAAGAAAAAAUUGUUCGUAGGAUUUUUUCUGUCGCGAUUUGAAAUGAAGGCAGAAAGCAAUCUUCGGAAAGAAUGUGUGAUAAAGUAAUUGUCUCUAGAAGUACUCUUCAAGACGAAUUCCAAGCGCAUAUAUGAGGAAAUUAACGAGUUUUGCUGCUUAUGUAUACCUAGCGGCAUUUAAAACUUUUUACACUACUGACGGGAGUAGAGUCAAAU